AUGUCAUCUCCACUGUUGCUCCCAGAAGACACCGUCAAGCGUCUCCAAAUCAGAGACGCGUCUCUUGUCGGCGGGGAGAACAACGGCACUAGAAAAAUCUCCCUCGGCCUCCUAAGCCCGCCAUCGUCAACUACUUCAAGAAACGCGUCCAACUCGUCCUCAUCUUCGGAAGAAGUCGUGUACAUCUCUAUUCCAACUCGACUAGAUUCCGCGCAGACUCUCGAGUUCAUGGGGCUGACUCCAGAUAAAUCAAAAGAACUAUACGCCAGCAGACAACACAGGCAGCAGAUUACGCACACGAACAUCGACUUACAACGAUGGGUAAUCGAACACGUCGUCUACAUAUGCGCAGACAUACUUGACGAGGAUGAUGAUUGGAAAGAGAAGAUGACAGAUGCCGGUAUCAAGCAAGAAAUUUCUGACGCCCUUAUGAAAGACGAGCACCGUGUGAUCCGGGGAGUUCAGUCGUUAUCCGAGUGGCUUGAGGAAAUUCUUGAGACAAAUUAUCUCGCACUGGUAGAUAUGAACGCCCGCAUAUUACAAGAGCUAGCAGCCCCACCAAGUGUACAUCUGAAGGGAGGAGCAGGCGAGCCGUACACCGUACCCAACGCACCUGAAGGUCAUAUUGCGCUGUUCAAGAGCGUCGAGUUCAGGCGAUGCGCAGGAUGUAUAGCCGAAGAUGGAUCGUUGAACCUUGCACGACUGGAGUCCACCGGACCAACAGACUUCGCAAGACGAGGAGGACUCUAUUUCACUCAUGAGAUCUGGGUCUCGAACCACUAUUCAUCGCUGAUCACUGACGCUUGUCCGGUCGCUGAUCGACGGACAGUCGAACUACACGUUCCGCUAUCCCAUCUUACAAAGAUGAAGGUUUGGGAUCUGAAGUUCGAAGAUGACAACUUCAAGCAACUGUUGUUCUUCUCAAGGCGCGAAGAGAAGUACCCGAAGCCGAUCUCACAAUUACGCGCUGCUCACGGAAUCAUCGCCGGACCUAUUGGUCAUGCUCACAAUCUAGCCUUUGGAAAAAUGAAGAGCUGGAAGGAUAUUACUGAAAAGCAUCAGCUCCAAGAGCGGGAGACGGUCGUCGAUGGCAAAGGCAACGAGAAGGAGAUUGUGAAGUACGGCAGACAAUGGGUUUGGAUUGGCGAGAACUCCGUUGAGCAGCUUGAGGAGGAUUGCAGGGACAAGGUGUAUCUGCGUCGGCCAGAGCAGGGCCUCAAGUUAGUGCCCCAACCUUGGAAAGACGAGUCCGCGAAGGGCAAGGGUAUCAUGAAGUAG